CACUAGCAACCUGGGAGCCUGGGACAACCAACAAUGAGUGGAAAGUGCUAGGAAACUAGCUCAGUGCUUAGUGCUCAGAGUAGUGUGUGUGUGUGUGUGUGUGUCUACAUGCAAGUGUUAAUGUAGUUGUUUCUUGUUCUGUGAAAGAAAAGUGUGUGUCGAUUUUUUUUAAAUAUUUUGGAUGCGUUUGCGGUAGUCUUGGCCAUGCAUGUGCAUUUAAGAAGUGCUCAAACUGAAGACUGAACACACACACACAGAGGCAGGUCAACUGCCAACUCAAUUAGCGCACUGAUUGAGCAGGAGGAGCAGCAGGAGCAGGCUCCAGCCACGGCCACGGCCACGAUUGCAAUGGCGUCGUUUUGUGAGCGCGGCUUGAUGCCCGACUCGAUGAUGGAUAUGGAGCAUCGGGAUCAUCAAUUGCAUCGACAUCAUCAGCAGCCGCAGCGUAAUGUUGCUGCCACCAGCACCAGUUCAUUUGCAACGCCAGCACCACCGCCAACAGCUGCGGCGCCAAUUGAGCCGCUAGAACGGGAACAUCAUCUGCCCAUAUCAUCAGGCACAUCACAGUCAAGCAUGCAGCAGCCGCAGCAACAACAACAGCAGCAACAGCAGCAGCAGCAGCAGCAGCAGCAGGCACAUCAACAACAUCCCAUGUUGCAGCAGUUGCAACAGGCGCCAACACCACAGAUUAGAGAACGCGAGAACCACCAACAGCAGCCGCAACAACAGCAGCAGCUGCAACAACAGCAGCAGCAACAACUGCCCAUGCAACAGCAGCAGUUGCCACUGCCACACAGUCAUCAUGCGCUGAUGCAGCAGUCGCAUCAACAGCAGGCCAUACACAGAGCCGAGCAGCGACGAGAUACACAAGCAAAACAUUCACAUGGAUUUCUCUAUUCGGACGAGGAAAUCAGCGACAAGGCAUCAACAUGCGGCAAAUUGCUAAUAUUUCUAUCCGUGGCACUUGUGAUAAUGACGCUGCCGUUCAGUCUCUUCGUCUGCUUCAAGGUGGUGCAGGAGUACGAGAGAGCGGUUAUCUUUCGUUUGGGCCGACUCAUGCAGGGCGGUGCCAAGGGUCCAGGCAUCUUCUUUAUACUGCCGUGCAUUGACUCUUAUGCUCGGGUGGAUUUGCGUACUCGCACCUAUGAUGUGCCACCACAGGAGGUUCUGACAAAGGAUAGCGUUACGGUUUCGGUGGAUGCAGUGGUUUACUAUCGCGUAUCAAAUGCAACCGUCUCCAUAGCGAACGUGGAGAAUGCUCACCAUUCGACCAGACUACUGGCACAGACUACUCUACGAAACACAAUGGGAACUCGGCAUUUGCAUGAGAUACUCAGCGAGCGUAUGACGAUUUCCGGCACAAUGCAGGUUCAGCUCGACGAAGCCACCGAUGCCUGGGGCAUCAAAGUUGAACGUGUUGAAAUCAAGGACGUGCGUCUGCCAGUGCAACUGCAACGUGCCAUGGCCGCCGAGGCAGAGGCAGCUCGUGAGGCACGCGCCAAAGUCAUUGCCGCCGAAGGUGAACAGAAGGCAUCGAAGGCAUUGCGCGAGGCAUCCGAGGUGAUUGGCGGUUCGCCGGCGGCACUGCAGCUGCGCUAUCUGCAGACACUCAACACCAUAUCCGCGGAGAAGAACUCGACGAUUGUUUUCCCGCUGCCAAUCGACUUGAUAACGUAUUUCCUGAAAACAUCGGAAGCUACCUCGCAACAGAAUGCGGCCGCUGCGGCUGCUGCCCAGCAGCAACAUCACAAUCAGCAAUUGCAGUUCCAGCAGCAGCAGCAACAGCCCUACCAGCCCCAACAACAAUUGCAACAAAUACAGCAGGCGCCGCAUCAGAUACAACAACUGCUGCAGCAGCAACAACAACAAGAACAGCAGGCCAUGCAGCAGCAGCAACAGCAGCAGCAACAACAACAGCAGCAACAGCAACCGCAGCAAAUUUCAUCGGCUUUGUAAAUGUAAAUGGCGAGUCAAGGCAAAUAAUUCGGCAUCGCCGAAUAUUAAAUGCGCUGCACCAACAACAACAACAACACCACCACAAUCACCACAACAACCACAACCACAUAAAAUGAGCUGUCUGUGUAAAUAUGUUAUGCAUGCUCCACUGCCAUGUUAAUUAUAACAUUGCCUUAACAGUUACGUAUGCAAAUUACAUUAGGGCUGCUCACGAAACAGUGCAGCGUAUUUUAUAUUUACACACUCACACACAGCAACACAUACAACGAUUCAAAAUGAGAAUCAACAACAUUUAGUUCUAGACACCAAUAAGUGCGAUUGUUUCCGUAAUUGGAACCAGUAAAUAAACAGUUAAGAACUAUAAUAGUUCACAAUAUUCCCCAUUAUAAUUCACAGGGGUAUUCGAAAUCGAACAAAAGAAAAACAUUUGCAGACACUCGUGAAAAUUCUAAAACCAACCAGUUUUGAGAAUAUUAAAAUUGAUUAUUUAUUCGUGUAAUAAAUUUUGAAAUAGUCAAAAAUGGUUGGUUUGGUUUUGAAUUUUCGAAAACGAAUCUGCCAAACUGUUUGACCAUUUCGAAGUGAAUAUAUAGAUGUCAAAUUGCGUUUUGUAAAUGUAUAGCUUUAAGAUGUUAAUAUGUGUCCCCCAAAUUACCAUACAUACCAUACGAUAUGUCUAAGAAAUACAUUAGGUAAAUGACUUAUAUACAAGAUAUACAAUUGCAUAAUCGUAUAUUGCAUUUGAAAAUUGAUCUAUAAAAUGUGAUAGAACAAUUUGUAUUGAUCAGCAUCGUUUAACUAGAAAUGUUUUAAUAACCAUAUUGACCACUGGAAGUAAACAUAAUCUACAGACAUCCAUAUAUAAGCAAUAAUAAUUACUUCAAAUAAUCACAACUUGAAUGGAACAAAUACAAAUAGAACUAAAUAACUGUUUAUACAAAUAGUUCUUAAUUUUCAUCAGCAGUUGGACGGAUUCAACAGCUGCCUUAUUACUAUAUACGAUAUAGUAAAUAUAUAUGGUUCCAUAAUAUUGGAACUAUAUAAUACAAAAAGCGUAUUUAACGUUCAUACUCAUACAUAUACAAUAAAUAAAUGUAAUACGAAUUUAUUGUACAUACAAUAACCAAACCGGACAGAUAAUAAAAAUGGACAGAAAAAAAAGGACAGAACCGUUUUACCCAUUAUAAGAACUUAAUGGAAGGAAAUUCAUCUAAAACUAUAAUACAAAUAAAGUUAUAUAUACACAUUCUUGUCAUGUGUUAGUUUCA